ACCGUGCAGGGAGCAGCUGAUAGUACAUACAAGGACGAUGAGCGGCAUUACGACAAGGUCGCUAGCCCUCGGGCACGGAGCAUUGGAACACACACUUUCGGUUCCCACAGGGUUGUACUUGACGGCGUCGCAGCUGGCGGCGUCGUUUGCGAAGGAGCAGGUGGCGCCCACGGAGGGGUACGCGUCGGAUGAGGAGCCGGCGUCGUCGGCAGAGCUGCUUGCGAAGUUCGUCGGCCAUGUGGCAGCGCAGGCUGGCGCGGGUGGCGAGGUGGCGGCGGUGCUGGAGCUGGCGCUGGACGAGUUCGAGGCGAGCUACAUGUGCGGCGAGGAGGUGCACCGGGUGGCAGCGCGGCUGUUGGCGGACGACGAGCAGCCCACGGCGCUGCCCAAGGUCAAAGAAUUGGUGCAGCACUAUGUAUAUGGCUCUGUGCGCGCGCAGCGGCCGCUGAUGCACCGGCGGCCGGCGCUGCUGGAGAGCGCGACGCGGGGCGAUGCGCGCGUUGUUGCGGUGUUCGGGGGGCAGGGCAACACGGACGACUACUUUGAGGAGCUGCGCGAGCUGCACCAGAUGUACGGCGUGCUGGUGGAGGACGUGCUGGAUACCGCGGCGGAGCAGCUGAACGAGCUGCUGCGCACGACGGAGGGCGCAGAGAAGAUGUACACACAGGGUCUUGACUUCAGACAGUGGCUGGCACAGCCAGAGCGGACCCCGGACAACGACUACCUGUUGCUGAUUCCGAUUUCCUGUCCGCUGAUUGGGAUCCUGCAGCUUGCGCACUACGCUGUCACUGCGCGCAUUGUGGGCAUCACGCCCGGGGAGCUGCGAGCCUGUAUGGUGGGUGUCACCGGGCAUUCGCAGGGUUUGUCGACGGCGGUAGCUGUCGCCGAGGCGGACACUUGGGAGUCCUUUUUCUGUGCCCUCCGCAAGACGGUCUCGCUGCUGUUUUUUAUUGGUGUGCGCUGCUACCAGGUGUAUCCAAAAACGUCCCUGCCGCCAUCUAUUCUGGAGGAUUCCCUCGAAAACGGGGAAGGAAAGCCUUCUCCGAUGCUCUCUGUGUCUAACUUGACGCAGGAACAGGUGCAGGAGUUUGUAGAAAAGACAAACGCUCACUUACCAUCCGAGAAGCACAUCGUGAUCUCUUUGGUCAACGGUGCUAGGAACUUGGUUGUGUCGGGCCCACCGCAGUCUCUGUACGGUUUGAACCUUGCGCUAAGAAGAGCUAAGGCGCCUGCAGGCUUGGACCAGUCUCGUAUCCCGCAUAGUGAACGGAAGCUGAAGUUCACCAACCGCUUCCUACCCAUUGAGUCACCUUUUCAUUCCCAUUUGCUAGAGCCUGCACUUGAAUUGAUUAAACAGGAUUUACACGAUGCAGACUUAGAGUUCAAACAAGAAUCUCUUGCCAUAGCGGUUUACGACACCUAUGACGGACACGACUUGCGGCAGCAUUCUGGAUCGAUAGUAGAGAGAAUUGCGAGCUGUAUUACAAAGCUGCCAGUUUACUGGGAGACAGCUACAACGUUCAAGUCAACACACAUCUUAGACUACGGCCCUGGCGGCGCUUCUGGGCUAGGAGUUCUGACGCAUCGUAAUAAGGACGGUACUGGCGUGCGUGUCAUUAUAGCCGGUGCCCUGGAUCAUAACAUUGAUGACGAAUAUGGUUUCAAGCAGGAACUCUUCGAUGUCAAUCCUACAAGCUUGAAAUUUGCCUCUAACUGGUUAGAAGAGUUCCAUCCAAAAUUGAUCAAAACUGGAUCUGGUAAGGUGUACGUUGACACAAAGUUUUCCAGGCUUCUAGGAAGGCCACCUUUGUUGGUUCCUGGUAUGACACCUACCACUGUUUCUCCAGACUUUGUUGCUGCAACAAUUAACUCAGGAUACCACAUUGAACUGGCUGGUGGCGGCUACUUUUCCCCCCAGGGUAUGACAGAGGCUAUAGACUCCGUUGUAGCUCAAAUUAAGAAAGGUUCCAGUUUGGGUAUCAAUUUGAUUUAUGUCAACCCUAGGAUGCUUCAGUGGGGUAUUCCAUUAAUUAAGGAACUAAGAAGUAAGGGAUAUCCAAUUCAAUCAUUGACGAUCGGAGCUGGUGUCCCAUCCUUGGAAGUUGCCUCGGAGUAUAUUGAAACACUUGGAAUGACUCACUUGGGCUUGAAGCCUGGGUCAGUGGACGCUAUCUCACAAGUGAUUACUAUUGCGAAGGCUCAUCCAACGUUCCCUAUUGUCGUACAGUGGACUGCUGGUAGAGGGGGUGGCCAUCAUUCUUUCGAGAACUUCCAUGCACCAAUGCUGCAAAUGUAUGGUAAAUUGAGAAGACACUCUAAUAUUAUCUUAAUUGCAGGUUCUGGCUUUGGAUCUUCUGAAGAAACGUAUCCUUAUUUGACAGGCGAAUGGUCCACCCGCUUCAACUACCCACCGAUGCCAUUUGAUGGGUUCUUGUUUGGUUCUAGAGUCAUGGUGGCUAAAGAGGCCAAGACCUCGCUAGCUGCUAAGAAAGCAAUUGCUGCAUGUACUGGUGUUCCUGAUGAACUCUGGGAACAGACCUACAAGAAACCAACGGGUGGUAUUGUCACUGUUAGAUCUGAGAUGGGUGAACCGAUUCACAAGAUUGCUACCCGUGGUGUGAUGCUCUGGAAGGAACUGGACGAGACUAUAUUCAACUUGCCUAAGAACAAGCUCCAGCCUGCUCUGGAUGCUAAGAGAGAUUACAUUAUCCAGAAGUUGAACUCCGAUUUCCAGAAACCUUGGUUCGCAACGGUCAAUGGAGAGGCUCGCGAAUUAACAGAUAUGACCUAUAAAGAAGUUGCAGAAAGGAUGGUUGAGCUAAUGUUUAUCAAAUCUACUGGCAAGUGGAUCGACGUGACCUUGCGGAAUUUCACUGGUGACUUCCUCCGUCGUGUCGAAGAACGCUUUACCAAAGAUAAAUCUGUUUCCGUCUUGCAGUCAUAUUCUGAUUUGGAAACACCAUCAAAAGUCUUAGCAGAUAUUUUCUCUGCUUACCCUGCAGCUAAGAGUCAAUUUGUCAAUGCCCAAGAUGUUGCUUAUUUCUUGGAGUGUGCACAAAGACCAACCCAAAAGCCUGUUCCUUUCAUUCCUGUUUUAGACCACCGUUUUGAGUUCUUCUUCAAGAAGGAUUCCCUAUGGCAAUCAGAAAAUCUGGAGGCGGUCGUUGAUGAAGAUGUUCAGAGGACGUGUAUUUUACAUGGCCCUGUUGCUGCCCAAUACACUAAGGAAAUUAAUGAACCAAUUCAGCACAUACUUGACAGCAUCCAUGAUGGUCACAUUAAUAAGUUGCUAAAGGACUACUAUAGCGAUGAUAUCUCUAAAGUUCCUGUUGUUGAAUACUUUGGAGGUGAAAACCCACGCGAGGUAGACUAUCCUACUGUCAAGAAGACACCAGAUACCAUUGUCUACAAUGCUACCUCUGCAACGGACUUCCGUACGUGGUUUAACGUCCUAGCAGGAAGCCAAAAAUCCUGGAGACAUGCUUUCUUCAGUAUUCCGCGGGUUGUACAAGGAUCAAGAUACAGUGAGAAUCCGACUUUUAAAGUUUUCAAGCCAUGCGACAAUAUGGUGGUCACUAUCAAGCAUCCGGAAACUCCAGAUAAAACAGAAGUCAUUCUGCAGGAGCCUGUUCAGGGUACACUAAAAACCACUGCUACUGUCACCUUUUCGGGUGAUGUAAUUCAAUUGAGUAUGAUUGAAAAUAGAACGAUGGACGGUAUUCCGGUGGCUCUUCCAUUGUUGUACAAAUACAACCCUACGGAUGGGUUUGCGCCUAUUGUAGAAAUCAUGGAAGACAGAAACCAAAGAAUCAAAGAAAUGUACUGGAAACUUUGGUUGAAGGAUCCAUUUAACCUGGACUUUGAUCCAAGAGAUCCGAUCGAAUCCGAGGACUUUACCAUAACGUCGAAGGAUAUCGCUGCGUUUACUCAUGCUAUUGGUAACAAUUGUGAAGACUUUGUCACCAGACCAGGAAGACCAUUAUUGGCCCCUAUGGACUUUGCUAUCGUAAUUGGAUGGAGGGCGUUGGUUAAAGCUAUUUUCCCUAAUAAUGUGGAUGGUGACCUCUUGAACCUCGUUCAUUUGUCGAAUUCUUACCGGAUGAUUCCAGGUGCCAAGCCAUUACAAGAAAAUGAUGUGGUCAACGUUUCUGCAUUGAUUAAGUCUGUUGUCAACCAAGAAAAUGGUAAAUUAGUUGAGGUUGUCGGCACUAUCAAAAAGAGUGGCAAGCCGGUAAUUGAAGUUACUACCUCUUUCUUGUAUCGUGGAAAGUACAGUGACUUCGAAAACACAUUCCAAAAGAGCACAGACCCAGUAUAUGUUAUCCAGAUUAAUUCUCCAAAAGACAUCGCAGUUCUGAAAUCCAAGGAAUGGUUACACUUCGACAAUGACAAGAUCGACUUACUAGGAAGGACUCUGACAUUUGAAACAGAGACUGAGGUGACUUUCAAGAAUAGAACCGUCUUCUCUUCUGUCCAUUGUGAAGGUAGGGUACUAAUGGAACUAUCUACCAAAGAGAAUGUUCAAAUUGGUGUGGUCAAGUAUGACGCAGGUGAAUCUCAUGGUAACCCUGUCAUCGAUUAUCUCUCUAGAAAUGGUUCGACUCUAGAGCAUAAGGUCAAUCUCGAAAACACAAUCCCUAUUGCAACGAUUGAGGCUCAGUCUCCAGGAACCAACGAGACAUACGCUAGGGUUUCUGGUGAUCUCAACCCUAUCCAUGUUUCUCGUCACUUUGCUAAUUAUGCUGAUCUGCCAGGUACCAUCACUCAUGGGAUGUACACCUCGGGUGCUGUGCGUGCCCUCGUGGAAACAUGGGCUGCUGAUAGUGUCUCUUCGAGAGUCCGUGCCUACAGCUGUCAAUUUGUUGGUAUGGUCCUGCCAAACACUUUGCUAACCACAAGAAUUGAGCAUGUUGGUAUGAUCAAUGGUCGUAAACUCAUCAAAUUUGAGACCAGGAAUGACAAGGAUGAGCCUGUAUUGGCCGGAGAAGCUGAAGUUCAGCAGCCUGUAUCCACAUUUGUUUUCACCGGACAGGGUUCGCAGGAACAGGGGAUGGGUAUGGAUCUGUACGAUAAGUCUCCAGUCGCAAGACAAGUUUGGGACAGGGCAGACAACCAUUUCAAACAGACUUACGGCUUUUCCAUCUUGGAAAUUGUCCGGACUAAUCCAAAGGAAUUGACUAUUUACUUUGGGGGUGAAAAGGGUAGAAAGAUUAAAGAGAACUAUACAUCUAUGAUUUUUGAGACAAUUGUCGAUGGUGAAAUUGCAAGUGAACGGAUUUUCAAGAGUAUCACUGAAUCUUCUACCUCUUAUACUUUCAAGUCGGAUACCGGUUUGCUGUCUGCAACUCAGUUCACCCAGCCAGCGUUGACGUUGAUGGAAAAGGCUUCAUUUGAAGACUUGAAAUCCAAGGGGCUGAUCCCUGCGGAAGCUACUUUUGCCGGGCAUUCUCUAGGUGAGUAUGCCGCGCUGGCUUCGCUAGCCGAUGUGAUGUCUAUUGAGUCUUUGGUGGAGGUGGUCUUCUACAGAGGAAUGACGAUGCAAGUUGCAGUUCCACGUGAUAGUGAGGGUCGUUCUAACUAUGGUAUGAUCGCUGUUAAUCCUAGCCGUGUGUCAACAGGAUUUACACAAGAGGCCUUGCAAUUUGUUGUAGAACGUGUUGGUAAAAUUACAGAGUGGCUCGUCGAAAUCGUCAACUACAAUGUCGAAGACCAGCAAUACGUGGCUGCCGGUGACUUGAGGGCUUUGGACACCCUAACGAAUGUGUUGAAUUUUGUCAAGCUUCAGAAGAUUGACCUCGUUAAAUUGCAGGCGACCAUGCCUCUGGAACAGGUGGAGGAACAUCUAGACGAAAUCAUUACUGAGAUAUCGAAAAAGUCACUUUCGAAGCCCCAGCCAAUUGAGCUGGAGAGAGGGUUCGCAUGUAUCCCAUUACGUGGUAUCUCUGUUCCAUUCCACUCCUCUUAUUUGAGAAAUGGGGUCAAGCCUUUCAAGAACUUUUUAAAGAAGAAUAUUAUUAAGGAAAAUGUGAAGGUUGACAGGCUGAUCGGGAAGUAUAUCCCUAACUUGACAGCAAAGCCAUUUGCAAUCACUAAGGAGUACUUUGAGGACGUCUACAAACUCACUGGUUCUGAAAAGAUUAAGGCGGUGUUAGAUAACUGGGAAAGCUACCAGAACUAG